AUGCAGCGGUUCAUCGCUACAAUGCCAGAAACAUAUGACCACAACCACCAGCCCGUCGACUACCACAUGGCCCGCGUCAACGGCAUACUGCACCGUAUCACCGCCGGCUCAGGAGCUCCACUACUCCUCCUACGCGGAACUCCCAAGAAUCACUAUUCCUGGUACCGUCGUAUCCUUUUCCUCAGUUCACACUUCACUCUCAUCGGCCCAGACCUGCGCGGCCUCGGUAUCAUUGACAACCCCCCGCUUCUGGAGGCUAUAAGGGCCGGACAAACGCAAAAGACUUGGCCAAACUCACGACCCAACUAG